AUGGGGAACGCAGGGAGCAUGGACCACCACACUGAUCUCAGGGGACACAACAUGCCCCUGAAACUCCCCAUGCCAGACGCAGGUGAACUGGAGGAGAGAUUUGCAAUCGUUUUGAACUCAAUGAAUCUUCCUCCAGACAAAGCGCGGCUCUUGCGGCAGUAUGACAAUGAAAAGAAGUGGGAAUUGAUCUGCGAUCAGGAGCGAUUCCAAGUGAAAAACCCGCCUCACACGUACCUCCAAAAGCUGAGGAGUUAUCUAGAUCCAGCGGUCACAAGAAAGAAAUUCAGACGGCGAGUACAGGAGUCCACCCAAGUCCUGAGAGAACUGGAAAUUUCGUUACGGACCAAUCAUAUAGGGUGGGUACGAGAAUUCCUAAAUGAAGAGAACAAAGGCCUGGAUGUGCUGGUGGACUAUCUUUCUUUCGCACAGUAUGCUGUCACUUUCGAUGGCGAGUGCCUGGAGAACAACCCAGAGGCUGCGAUGGAUAAGUCUAAGCCCUGGAGCCGCUCUAUAGAAGACCUCCAUGGAGGAAGCACCCUACCAUCUCCCAUCACUGGGAACGGUAUCACCCGAGUCGGGCGACAUUCCACGUUACGUUUCAACACAUUGCCCAGCCGGAGAACGCUGAAAAACUCCAGACUGGUCUGCAAAAAAGAUGAUGUCCACGUCUGCAUCAUGUGCCUGCGUGCUAUCAUGAACUACCAGUAUGGCUUCAACAUGGUCAUGUCACACCCUCAUGCUGUGAAUGAAAUUGCACUAAGCCUCAACAACAAAAACCCGAGAACCAAAGCUCUGGUCUUGGAGCUCCUGGCGGCGGUUUGCCUCGUGAGAGGAGGCCACGAAAUUAUUCUCUCUGCGUUCGACAACUUUAAGGAGGUGUGUAUGGAGGAGCAGCGAUUCGAGAAGCUAAUGGAGUACUUCAAGAAUGAGGACAACAACAUUGACUUCAUGGUGGCGUGCAUGCAGUUCAUCAACAUCGUCGUGCACUCAGUGGAGGACAUGAACUUCAGGGUUCAUCUACAGUAUGACUUCACCAAGCUGUGUUUGGACGACUACUUAGAUAAACUAAAGCACACAGAGAGUGAUAAGCUGCAGGUCCAGAUCCAGGCUUACUUGGAUAAUGUGUUUGACGUGGGAGCGCUGCUGGAGGACGCGGAGACCAAAAAUGCUGCCCUGGAGCGGGUGGAGGAGCUGGAGGAGAACAUAUCACAUAUGACAGAGAAGCUGCAGGACAUGGAGAAUGAAGCCAUGGCCAAAAUUGUAGAGCUGGAGAAGCAGCUGAUGCAAAGGAACAAGGAGCUGGAAUCCAUCAGGGAAGUCUAUAAAGAUGCCAGCUCGCAGGUGCACUCGCUGCGACUGAUGUUGAAGGAGAAGGACGAGGCCAUCCAGCGACAAAGUAAACUCGAGAAGAAGAUCCACGAGCUGGAGAAGCAGGGCACCAUCAAGAUCCACAAGAAAGGAGACGGAGACAUCUCAAUCCUAACGUCGCCUCCCUCUGCUACGGAGGGCUCGCCGGGCGCCGUGAUCGGCGGAAACGGUGUAGCCAUCAGUCCAAACCAUGUUGCACUUACGGCGGGCACGACUGUUCCACCUCCACCGCCUCCUCCGCCCCCGCCGCUUCCGAUGAACGGCACACUGUCAAACGGACCAACGUCAACAAUUCCAGCAGCAGCAGCAGCUCCCCCGCCUCCGCCACCACCCCCUCCGCCUCCCCCGCCACCCCCAGGAAUGCUGACAGAGACGAGCCCUCUCCCUCCUCCGCCUCCUCCAGUGGCUCCCCCACUGCCCGGCUGUGGGACGCCCACCGUUAUCAUGAACUCUGGGUUAGCAGCUGUUAAGAUCAAGAAACCCAUAAAGACCAAGUUCCGUAUGCCCGUCUUCAACUGGGUGGCCCUGAAACCAAACCAGAUCAAUGGGACUGUUUUCAAUGAGAUUGAUGAUGAGAAGAUACUGGAGGACCUGAAUGUUGAUGAGUUCGAGGAGAUGUUUAAGACGAAAGCCCAGGGCCCGCCCAUCGACCUCACUGCAAGCAAGCAGAAGGUCAUCCAGAAGGGGCCCAACAAGGUGGCUUUGCUGGACUCCAACAGAGCAAAGAACCUGGCCAUCACGCUGAGGAAAGUGGGCAAGACACCCGAGGAGAUCUGCAAAGCCAUUCAAUUGUUUGAUUUACGGACUCUGCCGGUGGACUUUGUGGAGUGUCUAAUGCGCUUCCAGCCCACGGAGAACGAGAUUAAAGUCCUGCGACAGUUCGAGAAGGAGCGCAAGCCUCUCGAAAGCUUGACGGAUGAGGACCGCUUCAUGAUGCAGUUCAGUAAGAUCGAGAGGCUCAUGCAGAAGAUGACCAUCAUGGCCUUCAUCGGCAACUUCGCCGAAAGCGUGCAGAUGCUUACACCGCAACUGCAUGCAGUCAUUGCAGCAUCAGUGUCCAUCAAGUCAUCACAGAAGCUGAAGAAGAUUUUAGAGAUUAUCUUAGCACUUGGAAACUACAUGAACAGCAGCAAAAGAGGAGCGGUGUAUGGAUUCAAGCUGCAGAGUUUAGACUUGCUACUUGAUACCAAGUCUACAGACCGGAAACAAACAUUAUUACACUACAUAGCCAAUGUGGUUAAAGAGAAAUACACACAAGUUUCCCUUUUCUACAAUGAGAUGCACUAUGUGGAGAAAGCUGCAGCAGUGUCGCUGGAGAACGUCCUGCUGGAUGUUAAGGAGCUGCAGAGAGGCAUGGAGCUGACCAAAAGAGAAUACAGCAUGCACGGCCACAACACCAUGCUCAAAGAGUUCAUUGCACACAAUGAGAGCAAGCUAAAGAAGCUGCAGGAUGAUGCCAAGAUCGCACAGGAUGCUUUUGAUGAGGUGGUGAAAUUCUUCGGAGAGAACGCCAAAACCACACCGCCAUCAGUCUUCUUCCCUGUGUUUGUGCGAUUUGUUAAGGCCUACAGGCAAGCGGAGGAGGACAAUGAGCAAAGGAAAAGACAGGAGCAGAUUAUGCUGGAAAAACUUCUGGAGCAAGAAGCCAUGAUGGAGGAAGACCAGAAGUCUCCAUCCCAUAAGAGCAAGCGGCAGCAACAAGAGUUGAUCCAGGAGCUCAGAAGGAAACAGGUGAAAGACAGUCGCCACGUCUACGAAGGCAAAGACGGAGCGAUUGAGGACAUCAUUACGGUGCUGAAGACCGUGCCCUUUACCGCCCGCACAGCCAAGCGUGGCUCUCGGUUCUUCUGCGAGUCCGCUCUCAAUGAGGAGUACCAUUACUAAGCUUGUAGAACUCUCUAUCUUCUCAAAGAUUUGAGGAAUCAGCCUUACAGGAGGGCGGACGCCGUACGGAGGAGUGUCAGGAGACGCUUUGAUGAUCAGAACCUGCGGCCGGUCAACAAUGGCGACGUAGUCAUGUGACGAGGGAAUAGUGCAUGUGCUAGGGCUGGGGAUGGGGGGAAGGGAGAAAGGUAUUGGGGGGCUAGAGAGAGAGAGAGAGAGAGUAAGGAGUGACAAAAAGAUUGAAGCAGAGUGAAGGAUGACGCGUGGAAGUCAGGUGUUUGUAGCAACAUGUGAGAUGAUUAUGUAUAUAUAUUACAUAAGAAUACUCAAUAUUCCACAUCUGUGCUAUAGUAUUAGCAGCGUUUCACUAUGAAGGACUGGGACACAUAUGGGACUGAAUUUAAAGUGUCUGAAAGGUUGAUUUAAAAACCUUUGACGAGCCAAGUGCCUGAAUUUUGUUGUUGUUGUUUUUUUUGUGGUUUCACGUCACGUUGCCGUGUUUGUCUAAUGACUGUUUGUUCUUAAUAAUCCCACUCUGAGCAAUACAACGUGACCUGGCUUUAAUUUUUCAGAUGUGUAAAACUGGACAUGCGGUGGCCUUAAGAGCCACGUGAAAUGGCGUUACAUGGGGAAAGAUGAUGUAGAAUGUACAGGACGGGUUCUCUUUUUAGCUGUUACAAAUAUUAUUGUUACGGCCCUUUAGUCCGCUCCUCUAACAACACGAACAUGCUCAACCUGCACUUUUUAAAAACAUUUCUUUUUUUUUUCUUACAUCUCAUGAGGGUUUCUCAAGUUAAAGGGCUGUUAAUGUGGUAUGAACUCUAUAUUUGUACUGAAGCAACUAUAAAAGUAAAUAAAGAAAAAGACCAGUUUAAUGUGAAUUCUGUUUAUAGCAGGUAUCUCCAUACUGAUUCUUCUGUUACGUCUUAUUACGAGUGAUCAGUAAGGGCUGAAUUUGUAGCUUCUAAUCCAUUAAAAAAAACAACUUAUUUUCAAGUUGUGCAUAUCUGUAGCUGCACAGCUGGUUUUGUGGAAGGAAUUACGCAGAGCAAGAAAACCGAAUACAUUUUCUAUCGAGGGUAGAAACUGCACGCGAGAUGCGAAACUUUACUGGAAAAUCUCAUUGUCAGAACUGGACAUAACUAAGCGUCAUGCUUCUGUGAGCGUUUUAUAGGCUAACAACAUUCCAGGUCACCGAGUCUACUCGCUUUACUGUAAUUUUAAUGUAUAGUAUUUAACCACUUAAAUGAUUCAUUUAAGCUCAUGUCGUCAUCUAAUGUGUUUUAAAACAGGGCAAAAAAAAAAGUAUACAACAUAAAAAGUUUCCUAAAUGUACAGAUAUUUUGCUACAAACUGUUUUUUCCUUUUUUUUUCUUUUUUUUACCUAAUUCACAUCACCAGAUGGUUAAUAUUGUACAUAUUGUUUAAACAUAAGUUUUCCUUGCCUUGUGCUAUACAACUUGAAUGUUACUUUAACUUAGUUUCUUCCCCCCAUUUUUGUAUAUUUAAUUAAGCCAAAUGCAGCCAGAUAUCUACAGUAGUGUGUUUGAUCAUCUUUUACUGUUAUGCCGAAGGCAGUGGGGUCACGCACUUUGCUUGUUAGGGUGUCAGAGGUGCAUAAAAAAAAAGAAAGUCUGGAAAAGGUUCUGAUGUGCAGAUGUUUAUACACGCCAACUUAAUGGCUACACUAACAAUCAAAAGUAGUUCUGUUCAUUGUCUCCACUGAAGCAUGUGACGCCAUCGGCUCCUUUUCUUUGAACUUCACUGUCUGUGGCAGCGUAACUUCUCAAACUGGAUAUUACCGGCAUGCUUUUAUCUUGGAACUUUCACCAGAAAUGUAUUUUAGGCAGUUUGUGCUUAUAACAAAAUAACAAUUUUUAAAUUAGGUGAUGAGAUUUUCAAUAUGUUCAAAUAAACUAUUUACAUUAAAUAUAAAGUUCUUUACUCUC